AUGAGAUUUGCUUUCACAACUGUAUCAUUAUCCCUUUUAUUAUCCUCUUUGGUUGCUUCAGAAGCAGCAUCAUCUGAUGUUCAAUUCUUGACUGCUUUGGUUGGUGAUUAUCAAGAUCAUAAAUCCGAUUAUAUUAAAUUUUUUGCCACAGCAAAAGAUGUCCCUGGUGAUUUAUCAACUUUGGCUACCAAAGUAUUGACUUAUACUGAUGAUUCCUACACAACUUUGUUAAAUGACGAUUCCUUGAACGUUUCCAACUUGGAAGGAUUUGCUACUAGUUUGCCAUGGUAUACCAGAAUUCAAGCUGAAGCUGGUGGUAAAGGUUCUGCCUCUGGUUCUGGUUCUGGGUCUGGGUCUGCUAAAUCAACUGCAAGUGCUGAAAAAUCUAGUGGUUCCAGUGCUUCUGCUUCAAAAACUGCUGGCAGCUCUUCUGCUACUGGUGGUGUCAGUGAACUCAUUGCCCCUGUUGGUGCUGUUGUUGGUGCAUUGGCAGUUGCUUUAAUGUAA